AUGCCCCGUCUAGGAAUCCGGGAUGCGGUGAUGGAAGCCGCGAGUGCCACUCUGCAUGCGGCAAAUGAUAUGGGGCUGGAUGCGAAGGCGCAGAAGAACUUGGCAGCGAAAUCUGCUGCGAUAGCAGCCAGCAGCGGCACGCAGGACCUGCACCUGCCGGUUGGGAAAUGCGCUCAGCAAGCUGCCUGGGCUGCCCAGCAGGCUGUAGCAAAGCUUGGUUUCGACGUGGACAGGCAAGCAGUAGCUGCCGUCUCCGCUGCCUCUUCCUUCAUGGUCUCCGCACUGCGGCGGAAAGGUAAGGCACCGGUGGAGCAGGCCGUGGAAGCCGCCACAUCAGCAAAGGCAGCUGCUGCAGGCGCCGCCCAGAACACAACGCGGCAAAUCCGCAUCGCAAUCGACGUGGCUACGGCUGUGGCAGCAGAUGGGAUGAGGCAACUAGGCCGCUCGUCGAGUCAACAAGCACAGGCGGCUGCAGAUGCCGUCCGUCAGGUGGCUGAGAUCGUAGGUCUGAGCCCGGCAGAGCAGCAGCUGGAAGCCGAAAAAGCCGCGGCGCAGGUGAAAAGUCUUGUCGGCGACACCGGAAAGCGUGCAGAGGUGGCUGUCCACCCGUGGCAGGCACUAGGCAGCUCGCCUCCUCGAGAACCGUCAUUGCUGCCGAACCAAGCACAGAUCUUGGGGGCAGGGCCCGCGACGGAGAAAUCGUUUAUGCCCGAAUGUGCCCAAGCCGGCGUUGCCUACGAUGACAUCGACCACCCGACGCUGAAUGGAGGAGUCGUGGACAACGCGGAGCACUGCCAAGUCUCCUGCAGCCUGAACUGGUUUUGUGAAAGCUUCACCUUUUUCCCGAACACGAAGCAGUGCUGGUUGCUGGGAAUCAAGGGUACACCCAGACCUGAUCUGGAUGCCAUUAGUGGCCCUCAGGUUUGCGGCACGCGCAUGGAGGCCGCAACAGACAUCCCACAAGACAUUCACGGCGUCCAUUGGAGCCAUGCCCGGGGCAAAUAUCAUUCGUCAGUCUACUUCAAUAACAUAAUGCAUCAUGUGGGCUACUUCGGGUGCGAGCUCGAAGCUGCCAAAGCAUAUGAUGCACGCUUGCGAUCGUUGUGCGAGGAUGGAGUGCGACUGAAGAAGUCAUUAAAUUUCCCAACUGCACAAGAGGCAAGCUUUGAGACGUGCCAGCUGAAAUCGCGAGAACAUGCACUUCGAAUUCAUCAGAACAAGCUGCGCACGGAAGAAGAAUCUUUCCGCACCCUGUCACUACUUUUCCAGCAAUCUGCUCAAGCAUCGUGCUAUGAGAUAGUUCGCAUUGGUGGUUUCGCGCGGGCAGAUGCUCUUUUCAGGCUUGUGGGUUGCGGUGCAGGCAUUCGCUUGCAGAUCAAGUCUUCUGCUGCCCGAGGGCCCAGCAGACAAUCAUACCAGUUUUCUAAUACGAAGGGGUAUCAGGGGAUGCUUGUGAUCCUCGUGGCUCCUGACAUCAAGGCGUGUUGGGUAGUGGCAGGUGAUCGAAUAAAACAGCAUAGCAUCGAAAUUGUUCUUGGCUCCGGCCGCGAUCGAGCCUGGCGUGCGCGAGAAAUUGGUGCCACAUUGGCGAGCUGCUUGCGAAACGAAGCGGGCUUUCCUCACACUUCUCUUCGGGAAGCGAGACUUCAGUGUAGUACCAACCAUCAGGUGGAACAGUGGGCCCAUCUGCAAUUGGCGGAACUUCUUUCUGUCUUGAAUUUUCGUCUUCAGCAAUCGAGCGAGGCGGGAGCAGUUGCGGACUCCGUGCUGAAAGGAGAGGGCUGCAGGUGGCGGGUGCAGGAGAAGGCUGCGAACUUUCACAAGACGAAGGGCACGUAUACCAUAAACCUCCGCAAGCAGAGAGGAAAGCACUGCUAUGUCGGCUAUGAAGAAGGUGACUUUGACCUGCUCGUGGCAGCUGUACUGGAUGCCGGACGGCUCUCGGGACUCUUUAUUUUCCCCGUCCGGGUCUUGGUGGGUCAUGGGUUUGUCGGACAAAAAUCUGCGUGUUUGCCUUUACAUCCUCCGUGGGCUUUGCCGAAGAGACAGGAGACGAAGGCCAAGUACGCAUGGCAGUUGGAGUAUUUCGUUGACCUUCGCAGUUGGUCUGAACAGUUGUCGCUUGCCGACGAUAACCGUAUGCGUCUGAGGCAGCUGCUCAGCAAGCUCAGCGCAGCUGCGCAAGCCAUCACGAAGAGCGCGCUUGAUGCAGCAGAGAAAUCCUUCGCAUCAGGAGGUGGCGUUGAUCCCAAAAUCGCUUUAAAUCGGGCGGCGACUGCGGCGAGAGACACUGCGAGUUCGUCGCAGCUCCCGGAAGAUCGCCGUUGGGAGGAGGUCGCCCACGCCGUCGGCGCGGCCGCUGCCUGGAUCGAUAAGCACAAUGGGGCGAGCGUUGACAAGCAGGUGUCGGCUGCUGCCAAAGCGGCGAAGUCUGUGGCAGAAAGCCAUGGCAUGACAGUGGAGAUGCAGCUGCAGCUGGCUGUGGAGGCUGCUUCCGCAGCUGCUGCUCAGGCUGCAGGUGAUGAUGAGAAGGCGCGGACGGAGGCAGUCAUCAAGGCCGCCAAAGACACUGCAGCAGCAAUGGGAGUGAGCGCAGAGGAACAGACCGACCUGGCCGUAGAGGCUGCAGCCCGGAUCGCCGGGCUUGCAGCCAAGGAGGCAGGCAAAACACGGAAGGAGCAGCUCGAGGCCGUUGCGGCAGCAGCCGACGCAGCUGCCCAAAGCUUGGGACUACCGACGCCCCGGGCAAAGGAGGUUGCAGCAACCGCCACGAGUUCUGCAUACAUCGCUUCGAAGGACAUCAGCACCCUCGACCCGGUCCAAUUGGCAAUCAAGACCCUGGGAUUCGACCCAGAGACGGUUCCGCAGUGCUCCAUUGUGAAUACCGCCUUCAACGACGAAAACCAUCCCGUCAACGGUGGGUACGUGGCCUCUGCAAACCAGUGCCAAGAGACCUGCCAGACCGUUUGGUAUUGCGAGUCAUUCACGUACAAUGUCACCUCGAAGGCAUGCCACUUGCUGGGGGACAGCGCUACCGCAUCGCCUUCGCAGCAUGUGGUGAGUGGACCUGUGAAGUGCGGGCAGCGCCUGUUGUUGAAAUUCGUGAGCAUUCACGAUGCCAUGCGAAGCAUGUCCAACUCUGCGCUUCAGGCUGCGCAAGAAGCUCGCUUGGCUGGGAAAGGCCUGACGGCACAACUGCACGCUGCCAAGACGACAGUGGAGAGCUUCACCGCUGAGGCAGACUUCUCUCGGAGCGACCAAGUGCAGAUGGCUUCAGUCGCUGUGGCUGAGUGCGCAGCCCGUGUGGCGAAGGAGGCGGGGCUCGACACCGAGCGCCAGCUUCAUGCGGCAUCGCAUGCGGCACGAAAGGCCGCCCAAGAGGCUGGAAUGACCGAUCAGGAGCAAUGGCAGCAAGUGACGACAGCUGCCGCCGCUACGGCUCUGUUCCUGAAAGACACUCCGAUGACGAGGGAUCAGCGCAGCCGCGAAGCUCGGCUUGCUGCUGAAAAGGUCUCACUCGUCUCGCCUUUUGCGCCUGAAGUCCAGGUUGCGCAGUCUGCCAAGGCGGUGCAGAUCGCGAUGGCUUUCACGGGGUCGCAAACAUCCGACUUGCCAGUGCUUGCUUCCCAAGCUGCGCGACUUUCUGCCGCUGCCGUUCAUCUACCCGAGGCCUCUCAGACAGCUUUGGCGGAUCAGGCCAAGCAGCAAGCCUUGGACAUCCAAAAGCACUUCGAGGCGAUGGUGGAUCGAAGCGUUACGGUGAAGAAGGAUGUGCUCCCAGGCCUCGGCGGCAUUGCAAAGGUGCAGGGCGACGAAGUCUUGGGUUCGUUGCCCUCGCGGUUCGACGUGCGCAUGGCGGAGAAGGUCCAGGAUGCAUCUGAAUUUGGUGAGCUUCACGACGUCAUUAGCCACGCCAUUGACGGCACCACAGCAGCUGAGCUUUCUGCGGCCACUGCAGCAAAGGUGGAAAUCGCAGCCAAGGACGAGCCUUUGGGCAGCCAAUCUGGCAUGCUACGAGAGUCAGGAGGCCCGUCGACGGAGCAGAAGCGAAGCUUCAUGUGGUGCACUGCCCUCGUCGUGGUGGGGGUGCUCGUGUUUGCUGGCGUCGUGUUCAUGGUCAUGGAGGCGGGAAAAGGCAAGAAGAGAAGCCGGAAAAAAGUGAGGAGGACAAGAUCUGGCACUCCAACGCCUAUGGCGAGUUUUGACGAUUCAGACUCGGACUUACUUCUCUACGCCGAUGAAGCACCACACCCUGGUGAACCUGCAAGAGGCACUAAGGGAUGCCGCUUGGGGACUGCAAUCCUUGGCUGA